GCUCCGCGCUCCUGAGAGCGCUGGAGCCGGCUGAGCUCGGCGGAACCGACACGAGCGGAGCCGGCCUGAGCUCAGCGGGACCCGGCUGUACCGAGCCGAAGCGAGCUGGGUUGAGCUCAGCGGGACCGGGUUAAGCCGAGCCCAACGGGACCGGGCUGCCUCACGAAGCGCGGCGGGGCCGAGCAGCUGCGCCGCGACCCGCGCUUGGGGCGCCCCCACACCGGGAUCGCCGCUCCGUAGCCCACUCCCCCCUUCUCCUGCUGCUCCCACCCGCGGGGCCGAGGCGCGCCUUGCGCGGGGCGGGGGCCGCUGCCGCCCCCCCCAGGCAUCCCUCCCUCCUUCCCUCCCUCCCUCCCUGCGUGCCGCCUCCCUCCGUCCCUCCCCACCGGCUCGAUGGUGUGAGGCAGCGAUGCACAAGCACCACCACUGCUGCAAGUGCCCCGAGUGCUACGAGGUGACGCGGAUGGCGGCCCUGCGGCGCAUGGAGCCCCCCUCCUACGGCGAGUGGCAGCACGAGCAGUACGGGUACGGCGGCUACGGCUCGCAGACGCUGCCCGCGCCCGGGGGCGCCGCGCCCGUCGCCCGCGGCAAGGCCAAGCUGGGCCCCCCCGCCCGCGACCCCGCCGCGCUGAAGCCGCCGCCGCCGGGGAAGAGCGCGCCCAAGGUGAAUGGGAGCGGCCCGGGAUGGUGGCCCGAGUGCACGUGUUCGAGCCGCGACUGGUACGAGCAGGCCAACCCUGCUCCCAUUAUCGUGAACACAGACUCGCUGGAACAAGGGCUCUCUGUGAAUGGCAGCGACGGGAUGUUCAAGUACGAGGAGAUCGUCUUGGAGAGGGGUAACUCCGGCCUCGGCUUCAGCAUAGCAGGAGGAAUUGACAAUCCCCACGUUCCAGAUGACCCAGGUAUCUUCAUCACCAAAAUCAUCCCUGGGGGAGCAGCAGCCAUGGACGGCCGUCUGGGGGUGAACGACUGCGUGCUGCGAGUGAAUGACGUGGACGUCUCCGAGGUGGUGCACAGCAAAGCUGUGGAGGCCCUGAAGGAAGCAGGCCCUGUGGUGCGGCUCGUGGUACGCCGCCGGCAGCCCCCGCCAGAGACCGUCAUGGAGGUCAACCUGAUGAAGGGCCCUAAAGGUUUGGGGUUCAGCAUUGCCGGGGGCAUCGGGAACCAGCAUAUCCCUGGAGACAACAGCAUCUACAUCACCAAGAUCAUCGAGGGUGGCGCUGCCCAGAAGGACGGGCGCCUGCAGAUUGGGGACCGGCUGCUCGCGGUCAACAACACCAACCUGCAGGAUGUGCGGCACGAGGAGGCAGUGGCUGCCCUGAAGAACACCUCUGACAUGGUGUACCUGAAGGUGGCCAAGCCUGGCAACAUCCACCUCAACGACAUGUACGCACCCCCGGACUAUGCCAGCACCUUCACAGCUUUGGCUGACAACCACAUAAGCCAUAACUCCAGCCUGGGCUACCUGGGCAGCGUUGAAAGCAAGCCUGCCUACCCCGUCCCUCCCCAGGUGACUCCGUCCCGGUACUCGCCCAUUCCUCGGCACAUGAUGGGGGACGAGGACUUCACCAGGGAGCCCCGGAAAAUCAUCCUGCACAAAGGUUCCACUGGCUUGGGCUUCAACAUUGUCGGAGGGGAAGAUGGUGAGGGGAUUUUCGUGUCGUUCAUUCUGGCCGGAGGCCCAGCUGACCUUAGUGGGGAGCUGCGGAGAGGAGACCGCAUCCUCUCGGUGAACGGCGUGAACCUUCGCAACGCCACGCACGAGCAGGCGGCGGCGGCACUGAAGCGAGCGGGGCAGACGGUGACCAUCAUCGCACAGUACCGGCCCGAAGAGUACAGCCGCUUCGAGUCCAAGAUCCACGACCUGAGGGAGCAGAUGAUGAACAGCAGCAUGAGCUCUGGCUCUGGCUCGCUGCGGACAAGUGAGAAGAGAUCUCUCUAUGUCCGAGCCCUGUUUGACUAUGACCGGACCCGGGACAGCUGCCUGCCCAGCCAGGGGCUCAGCUUCUCUUACGGGGACAUCCUGCACGUCAUCAACGCCUCUGACGACGAGUGGUGGCAGGCCAGGCUGGUGACGCCCCACGGCGAGAGCGAGCAGAUCGGGGUCAUCCCCAGCAAGAAACGGGUGGAAAAGAAGGAGAGAGCACGGUUGAAAACAGUGAAGUUCCAUGCCAGGACUGGCAUGAUUGAGUCCAACAGGUCGAUCAAAACGAAACGUAAAAAGAGUUUCCGCCUCUCCCGAAAGUUCCCCUUUUACAAGAGCAAAGAGAACCUGGCCCAGGAGAGCGGCGGACAGGAACAGGGCGUGACAUCAAACACCAGUGACAGCGAGAGCAGUUCCAAAGGACAAGAGGACACCAUCCUGUCAUACGAGCCAGUGACACGACAAGAAAUUCACUAUGCCAGGCCAGUGAUCAUCCUGGGGCCCACCAAGGACCGCAUCAACGACGACCUCAUCUCCGAGUUCCCACACAAGUUCGGCUCCUGUGUGCCCCACACCACCAGGCCUCGGCGUGAGAACGAGGUGGACGGGCAGGACUACCACUUCGUCAUCUCCCGCGAGCAGAUGGAGAAGGACAUCCAGGACAACAAGUUCAUAGAGGCUGGGCAGUUCAAUGACAACCUCUAUGGCACCAGCAUCCAGUCAGUGCGGGCAGUGGCAGAGAGGGGCAAGCACUGCAUCCUGGAUGUGUCUGGCAAUGCUAUCAAGAGGUUGCAGCAAGCACAACUUUAUCCCAUUGCCAUUUUCAUCAAACCAAAAUCUAUUGAAGCUCUCAUGGAGAUGAACCGGCGGCAGACGUACGAGCAAGCCAACAAGGUCUUUGACAAAGCCAUGAAACUUGAGCAAGAGUUUGGAGAGUAUUUCACAGCUAUCGUACAAGGAGACUCUCUUGAAGAGAUUUACAGCAAAAUAAAACAGAUCAUUGAGGACCAGUCCGGGCACUACAUCUGGGUCUCGUCCCCAGAGAAACUCUGAAGAUGUCCCCCAGCUGCUUCCCUGUGAGCUGAAGAUCUCCGAAGUCCCACCCCACCCAAGCCCUCUGCCCCGAGGGGGAAGGAUCUGAACACUCUUCCUGCCCCCUUUUUUAGAUCGUCACAGAAUUGAGUUUUCUAGUCCUGUUUCUUUUGUUGGGAUGAACUCAUUCACCAUGUGACUGUUCCCACCAUUCCUGCAUGGACCUUCCUACUGCUCCAUUAGAGACAGAUGAGAACCCAUUCGAAGUCGUUUUUUAUUACUAUUAUUAUUAACUGAACCAAGACUGAAGAUGAGAGGAGGCAGCUAAGGACUGACAUAAGGAACGAGUGGCCCGGGGGACUCUGAGCACGUCAGCGAGGAUCAGAGCUCCAGGGGCAUUCCUGCAGGUGUGCUGGCUGGGGGCUCUGCAGAGCAUGCCAGGAGGGCAGCAGAAGGCAUUUUAUUUAUCUGUAUAUGUAAUUUAUAUAUAAUAUAUAGAGAGAUAUUAUAUAUAUAUUAUAUAUAUAUAUAUGGACGUGGACCAGGCCAUCCCAGGCACCUCUUCUGCAAGGUAUUGUCUUACUGCCAUGGGCUUUCAGUUUCUCUGUCCCAGCCGCUGGGCAGAGGGCGUCCACAUGGGUGGGAAGAGCUCAAAACGGUACCAGGUGCUUUGGCAGCAGCUCCAGUUGGGGCCAGCCUCCCGCCAGCUACCCUGGCGUCUGUGAGGCAGGGCAGAGGCUGGUGCCUGCCUGUGCAGAAGGGCCCAGAGGUCCAACAUGAGGCAGCGAGGAGCAGCAGCUGCUCUGGAGGAGGCUGGGAGGCAGACAGCAGGAGACUGCAGAGCAAGGCAGUGGCUGAAGCUAUACAUUAAAUUGCACAUUGUUUUACACACCACCUUCUGUGUUUGCAUGAGAGGGUUUCUUUUGGGUCUAUUUUUUUAAGCUGAUUUUAAACCCAAUCCAUGUUGUGUUGCUGUGUUGGCUUUUUUUUGGGGGGGGAGGGUUCUUACUCCAUUUUUCUCUUGUUAAUAAUGAAUUGAAUGAGUAUAAAAUGCAGGUUUUUAACUUAUUUUUUAAGCUGGCUCUAUUGUAAAUAGACUCCAGAACUGUGGAGUUUAGUUAGGAAGCACGCUGCUGCCCACACAGCACAAAUGUAGCUGCUGUCCUGUCUUGCUGUAGAAUACCUGGGGCACUGGGCUGGCCCCAUAGCUGUGGGUGCAGGUUGAAGUGACUUGGGCAGCAUGCUGGCAUUCCCUUCCUCACCAGCCAUGGGCAGGAGCAGCCCCCAGCUGUGCCUUGCAUGGACUCUCACACUUUUCCUCAUUAACAGACUUGCUCCGUGCCAUAUCCCAGCUUUGCUGCCUGCAGGUGCUGGUGGCCUUCCCAGCUGCUCUCUUUCCAGCAUAGCCUUGAGAGCUGGUUCUUGGCAGGGGAAGGUGCAGUUUGCCUCAUCUGGGACUCUCUGACAUCUCUGUAUAAAUCCUCUUUCUGAAGCUGUGCUCUGCUCCCUCUCUCAGGAUCACCUCAGUAUGAAUCCAGUGGCCUGUACUUGUAGGCCUGUGUGCCAGGGGCUGCAGAGUUGCAGCUGCCUGCUGUCCUCUGAGGCAAUCUGAGCAGAGCAGCUAUCGGUGCUGAGAAAUGUCUUCAGCUUCCACACUUGCUCCACCAUGGAACCAGUGCCUUGUGUGAACCCAGGGGGCAGCUUGCACAGCUCUGCUGAGAAGGAGCUGUGCUGCUGGGUGCUUAGAGCACAGGCAGAAGAGUCGUCUCACCACACACAGUGCUGUUCUCAGGCACUGCCAGGCACCACAACAAACGUGGUCACAUAUGAGCAUGAGCAGGUAAGUCCUGGCCCAUUCUCCAUCCCCCUGUCUCAUAGGGAUAAGUGAGCAGGUAGGAUGCUGCUUCCCUGUCCUGAAGGAAACUGCCAGCUUCCACAUGCGACACACAGGCCAUGGUUUUCAGUGCCAAGAACUGCUGUGGGACUGUCCAUCCACUGUCUGCUGAGCAGCUGUCUGCUUAUCCCACAUCACGAGGAGGCCUGCAGGGACAGAGCAGCUUCCUGAGACAGAGCAGUGCUGCAGAAGAGCUGCUGCCACGGUGGAGGGCAGGAAGGAGUCUGCUGUCAGUGGGACCAACCCUAAAGGAGUGAACUUUUGCUGAUGGAUUCCUCUUCAGCACCCAGCCCCCUGGCCCUGCUGGUCCUGCUCUGGCUGCUGCAGGCAUCAGUCUCUGGAGAAGUGGAGUAAGUGAAGCAAGAGCACUUCAGAUGCUGGUAACUCCAUCCUUGUCUGUCUUCUUUCUUUGCUGUUUUCCCUGGUAGCCUGUCUCCCACACCCCGUGACGUGGGGACAGCUGCUGCUGUUCUCCGUGGCACAGCGGCAGCCUCGACUGGAUCACGCAGGCACUGGUGGGGCAGCAGCGUUUCUUCCAAGGACACCUAUAUUUUUAAUAAACUGAGAGUUGCAAAGA